AUGGUUUAUAAAAAAAGAAAGCUUGAACUGGAAGAUGAGCCUAACAAUGCCUUGGUCAUCGAAUUAGACAAAAAAAAGCAAGUCAGUGUUCGCAAGUAUAAUGGGGUGUCCUUAGUUGAUAUAAGAGAGUUCUAUUUUGACAAGGAAACAGGGGAGAAGAAGCCUGGAAAGAAAGGUAUUUCAUUGACAGAGGACUCUUACUGGAAGCUAGUUGAGGCUCAAUCCGCAAUUCAGAGUGCUUUGGUGCAAUUAAAGGAAGGAGGGCUGAAGGUUCAAAAGACCGAGCUCACAACAAAACUCUCCAUAGAAAAGAAUGACGACUCGGAAGCUGACGGCAAAAGCACAUCUGCAUUAUCUGCGAAACCAAACAAGAAGUAUAAGUCAGCUGAACUUGUCGAUGAAGACGAUGUUUCAGAGGCAGAGUAG